UGAAGUUAAUUGUGAGAGAUUCUGCGUUUUAUUUUUUGAUAUAUCAGACGAAUGACUUCUAUUCUCUGCAUUUCUGGAUUUGUCCUAAGUUCGUUGCAGUCCUCACAGAUAUCGCACACAUAUCCUGGUGAUAAAAACAUAACCGUCGUAAACAAAAGUCCUAACCCCGAGCUGUCAUCCCAACAAUUCGACAAUUUCCCCCAAAGAAAAACAACAAUUAAUUGGAUAAAUUAGAGAACCCUUGGGUCACCAAAGUUUUAUUCAUUCAUAUUCAACAAUAAAAGAUUUGUCAACCGUCCCCAGCACAGGAAAUCUCCCUGAUCCUCCACAUUUAUCGGAGAAUAUUGAUUCAUUUUGAACAGUGAUCGAACAAUAGAAUAAAAUGCGAUUCCGAUUCUUGGGGGAUGGAGACUGCCCUGAUUGGCUUCUCGCUGAGAUCAAUGUACUAUCACGAAUGACGUCCAUCAAAGUCAAGCUUUUGGGGCAAUUGGUGGUGAAGUCAAUCGUCGGCGGAAAUGAACUAGACGAGGAUAAAGUUAAGAAGCUUACGUAUGAUGCAAAACUCGAGUUCGACGACGCUAAGGCCAUCAUUGCAGCAAUGGAAUUAAUUUUAAUCUCAUCUGUGCGGUAUGGAGUAAAUGCUACGGAUUUGAGCAGUGAACUUCAGCAAUUGGGACUUCCUAGGGAACACAGUGUUGCUAUUGGACGUCUACAUACUGAUAAUUUUAAUUGCAUUUUGGAUUCACUAACGGCUCAGUCUCUCAGAUUGAGUCAUUUAUCCUCGGGGGAGAUGUUACCCAGUGAUGAGGUUAACACAUCGAGCUUCAUAAAAAUGUCACUGAAAUUGAAAAAGUUGGAUGGCAUCGAAACAACUACAUCCAUCAACGUACCGAAGAGUCAACUUCCUGUUCUUCUUGAGGAGAUGAAAAGAGUUAGAGCGAUGAUGGAGGGCAUAUGAAUCCCUCGUAAAUUCCCGAAACUGGAAGUAAAGAACAGGACCACCGAUGAUUUUUUUGUACACGUUUUUUUUUUAUUUCUCAAUAAAUGAAUAUACAAAGUUUACACAUAA